UCAGGUCUCAUUAAAACCCAGUUCAACCUGUUACUGCCCCUUCACCUGUAACACACACUCCUUCACCUGACACUGUGUAAGACGCUCUGACUAUCAGGUGUUAGUGUGUUGAAGAGUAGCUACCUGUUGGGAGUAUCUUCCUGUUUUUUUUUCACCUUUGGACCACAAGCAGAGUUUCCUUCUGCUGGCACCGCCUGGACUUUGUUCAGACAUAUCGUGUUUGUUUUGUGCUGGAUUGAUUGGCGUCUCGCCCGCAUCACCGCAAGUGAAAGCAAGACGACAACGUCUACACAGACUCAUGUACCAUCUCUGAUUCUCUUCAGAUACACUAUUGUCACUCUGAGUGGCAGCGUGUCAAACACUCCUAGUUGAUUUUUUUUUUUUCUCUCUGAAGUCAGGUUUGAAGCGUCACCUGCAGAAGGCGCUUGUUUUUUUUUGGUGUGCGUGUGUCAGCAGCUUUUUGGGCUGCAUUUUUUUUUUUUUUUUUUUUUUUGGGGCAAGAUGAUGGAGGAGGUGUCCGUCAUGAUGGCGUAUGAUGCCCAAGUUAUGGAGCAGAUGAGCGAAGACGAGAUCCUGGCCUGCCUGGUGGAGGAAACAGGCCCUAAAUUCACGGACCCAACAAAGAAAGCGAAACUAGGGGAGAGUUUGCUGCAAAUCAUGGAGGAUGAAGAGGAGCCCUUGGACAAAUACCUGAGGGAGAACCGCCAGCUUCUGCAGGCCAGCCUCCGUCUGGAGCAGGAGAACGACAACCUCGCCCAUAGACUCAUCAGCGAAAAGGUGGCCCUGAGGAACGCUCUGGACCAGGCAGAGGACAGAGUGGAUGAACUCACCAAAGACCUCGUUCAGACCAGACAGCGACUUCAGGUUACAGAAGAGGAGAAGAGAGGGAAGGAGGAGGAAACCGCAAUGUUGAAGGAGGUGUUUCGGCGAGAGCUGGAGAAAGCUGAGCAGGAUGUCAGGAGGUCGUCUGGCAUCACUGCAGACUACAAACAGAUCUGCUCUCAGCUAACAAAGCGUCUGGAGAGGCAGCAGGCCACCCACAGAGAGGAGUUAGAGUCACUCAAGAGUGCAAUAAAAGCGUGCACGCACUGUAAACGCCUCACAGACGAAUCAGAGGAGCCAUCUGCAAACGCUUCGAACUCCACAGCGACAGACGGCCACCAAGUGACAGAAUGGGACCAGUACGAGGACAGUGGUGGUUCAAAAAGGGCAGAGCAGAGAAGAGAUGAGCAGGAAAAGAAGUCCCUUAAUGCCCAGAUCAGGGAGCUGGAAAAGGAGUUAGCCCAGACCAAACUCCAGAUGGUGGAGGCCAAGUGCAAGAUUCAGGACCUGGAGCACCAGAGAGGAAUCCUGGCCAACGACCUCCAGGAAGCGAAGAACAACUGGAUCAGCAAGGCCUUCACCUCCCUGCGGACGUCAAGUGGAGGAGGACUUUCCACUAUGAGCAUACAACAACAACAACAACAACAACAACAAAGAGAUGGAGCCACCACGGCAGGCUGGAACCUCAACAGUAGCUCCCUCUCUGGAUGGAGCGCCAAGAAGCUGUCGUGGCCUCACAGAGACACUCAAGAGAAGGUCUGAUGGGUCCGACUGAGACAGUGCAGAUCCCAUGUAACUGGACACAAUAGACGGUUAUGGAUUGUGAAUGUAAUAUAUUGCAGCUGCUAUUUUUUAGUUGUUUUUUUUGCACACUAGAGGGCAAUCUAGAGCAUUCAAAAGAGGAGAGGAGAGGAGAGUACCUGAGAGCACAGACAGGUGCAGGCAGACAUGUCCUCUCAUGUCCGCUCACCACUUUGCAGCUGGUUAAGUUUUUUAAUGCUUGUAACCGACUGUAUGUGCCAUGAAGGUUAUUUGUACAUGAAAAUGUAUUAAAGAAACUAUUACAUCA